AUGUCCGAGGCCUUUCGGGGAAGCCAUUCAAACGAAAAUUCAAGCUCUUUAUCCCAAACCUCUCGUCCUUCGAUAUCACAAGCCCCGGAACCACCGGAUACAUUAAAGCUCAACACGAAACAGCGCGGGCCAAAGAACGCACCGGAGCUCUCGAGAUAUAAACGGGGGAAGAGACGGGAAUUGAAGCAAAUUCCUACGCCUUCCGAAUACCUAAGCAAAACCCUUCAGAAACAUGUGUUCGGACGCGGCGAGCAGUCGAGUCUCCGCACUUUCAACCACGGUGCAAGGGUAACAUAUGGACGACCCCUGCAGACCGUAUCUCUGCAAUCUAUUCUUGCGGAAUAUAUACGACUCGUGGACCCAUUACUCUCGGGUUCUUCCUCGCACGCUACCCUGUCAGAGGUGGGCAAUAAUUUGGAUGCUGCACUCAUCCGUGUCUUCAAACCCGAUACCUAUCAUUAUCUCAAUGCGCGAGGCUACGAUGUCGAAGAUGUUGUUUCGUGGGCAUGGGUUCUGAAAAGCCCAACUGCUCGUCAGGCGGUCUCGCGGAUGUUUGUUUUAGAAGCUGACGGCGCAACAAGACAUGGCCCGGGUGUUCCUAUAUUUAUUCCUAUUUUUCUGUUGAAGGAGCACCACCUCGAUGCACGCUCUUUUCGUCUGCUUCUCGUCCAUUCCCUGCACCUAAUGAGUGGUCAUCGCCUGCCAGCUGCCAGCCUUCUACAGCGAAUUCCUCCAAACACUAUCGAAGAGCUACCUCUUGGUAAAUCCCCUGCACGGAUAACCCUGGGGACUUGCGUAAUCAUUGUUGAUCGCUUAGUUCGACAUGCGCGACAAGUCUGGCCUCGUGCUCUUCCCACGAUCGCAACCGUAUUCGCUCGAUUCUUGACAAGACCUUACUCGGAAAAGACCAAGAUCUCGAACCUCGACCGGCAAAAAAUUGAUCGUGGUAGCACCAAUAUUUUUAAUACCUGUCUCUGGCUGCUUUCACUACCCACCAAAGUGAAUCCUUUUCGAUCAGCCUCCAUCCAGCAGCAGGCGCAGUUCGAACUUCUCAAGUCCAUGGCAUCUCAUAAGCCGGUUCUUCCUCUUUCGCGAAAAGGAUAUCAAUCCAUCGUUGCUGUUCAACUAGCUCACAAGAAAACAGAAGCUGAGCGACAGUCUGCUGAACUGAAGUCUCCCUCGUGGCCACCGUGGAAGGAAGAAAAGCUAGGCAUGGAUGCUCAACGUGGAAAUGAUGGAUUGAGAAGUCGCGCGAUGAACGUAUUGUCGCAAAUGGCAGAAGCCGGGUAUUCACAUCAAGUCUGGGAGAAAGCCUCCACGAUCCUGGCCGGCUGGGACACCGACCGAAGCCCAACCAUUCAAACAAGAACUCUCGUCCACCCUACCGGGACUCUCUUUAAACCCGACACCGAUGAACCUGAUCUUUCAACUGCCGUUUGGGUUGCUCGAAUCCGUGCUACGAGAACGAUUCGCGAAGCUUGGGCCUGCUUUUUAGCUUACCAAGAUCAGGGCCUUCCUCCCGAAUCUGCUAUCUACGUAGAAAUGAUUGUGAAGUUGAUUUACCGGCAGGUGGCGAUUCGAAGACGAUUUGAUGAAACAAAACAUGCCUUACCAGGCGAUGGUCCUGAAGUCCAUGCCGAACCUGCUUCUGCUCGUGACGUUAUUUACGUACGGACAGAACCACCGACCGUGGAGCAUUUGCUUGCCGAGAUGUUUUCCCAUGGGUUCCGUCCUUCUGGGAAAUUUCUAGCUCUUUUGCUCCGAACUGCCCCGAACUUGCGUACGGGGUUGGAGUAUUUGCGACGCAGUGACCUGGCAAAAACUCAACUGGCAGCAUUGUGCGUGAUUUGGGGCCAGCCAUCACAGUGUCCGGUGCCUUAUGUCAAGGCUCUCGGUUCAAUACCAGAUGGAGUCUUUCUCUCGUUCAUCAAGCUUAUGUGUACUCAUUCUAAGUCAAUCCGCAAGAGAAUGGGCAGCAAGGAAGUCCUGUCCCCCAAUGACUUCCCGGCUCUUACCGAGAACACGCAAGUCUGCGAGCCUCUUGCUGCCCUCUCCGAUUUCCAGGAGGACAUGGGUCAAUGGAAGCAUCCUCGGACCCUGUGGCAUGCUGUUCAGCUGGUCAAACUACGACAGCCGCCCAGCCAUGCUGCUUGGGUCCACAUCCUUGACACCAUGAGCGUUGAACGUGUCAGCAAAAAGCAUACAGACCGAACUCGUUGUCUUUAUCGCAUUAUCGGAUGGCAUGAAACUCUGGCUGUCUUGCAGUGGAUGAAACAUCGAAAUGUGGAUCCCGGAUCGCAAGGGUUCAAAGCCUUGUGUAUAGCAUUCAAGAAGGCCGUCGAUGCUGGCAUGAGAUAUCCUGGAGUUUCCGAUGAGGCCUCCAGCCUGAUCCAAAGAGCUGCGCAUGGCGAUGAAUAUGCAAAUCCCGAGCCAGAGCACGAGCUCGAUACUUUCAACCCCAUGGUGGAAACUGGCCUCCAAAUCCUCAAGGCUGAGUUUGAGCGCCUUGUGCUUCCGGCCUCGGGCAUGCCAGACCUUGCAGAGCAAAGCAUUUUUGUGGCAGGCAACACAGACGAGUCUCAGCCCUGCAUCCCUCAAGGUCUUCACGUUCCAUCCUUUGUGACCUUACAUUCUUUUGUAGGUGCUCUCGGGAUGGCAGGCGACGACGAAGCCUUGCUUCACCUGCUUCGAUGGAUGAGUCAUUCUGCUGCUGAGCUGGGCGAAGCUUCCAUGGAGCGCCAGAACGGGAACAAAAACAUUCGUCUUACCCUAGUGGCUAUACGGAUGUAUCUGGAACAGUUGCGAUCGGAUUCGAAUGUACAGGAGGCAUUCAAGAUCAUCAGCCAGACACCAGGCUGGGAGUGGCCUAGUGAUGAGGAAGUAGAAGGCUAUGGCGCAGGAUUGUACAAAUAG